UGGAACGAGUUAUCUCUCUGCCGGUCACCGAUUCCGAAGCCUCUUUCUGCACAUUACUCGUCCCUCUACACGUGCAUCCUGUAUUGCUGACGGCGAUCCCGGACUUUGGCCUCUGCAGCAACGAGUGUAUUGGGAACCCGAUUACAGACGUGGUUUGUCAUACAGGAUCUUUCUGAUAACGCAACUCGGUUGACGAAAUAAGCUUGCGUUUGAGGAAUCCUAAGCCAAGUUCGGUGGCCGGCACUAAGAUUAGAAUCCUUCACAACUUACACAAAGACGCUCCCUCGUUUGUAAGUUCCUCCCCACGCAAGCAGCACUCGUUAUCUAUCAUGUCUGGCAAAGCACCAUCUACCCGUCUAUCUACGGCCGAAGCUAUUCUCGCCGCCUACAACAGCCUCUCCACAUCAGCACUCGAGCCAUUGUUGGACUCAAGCUUCACUAAAGAAAUCCUUCCAAAGUCUCUUGGAGAGCCUACCAGCGACAGAGAAUCAUAUCUCAAGCAAUCGGAAGCUUUUCCUUUGAUGUUCAGUAGCUCGAUCAUCACGCCACGCGAGAUCUUCGAGGACGACACCCGAAAUGCGGUGGUGGUGUAUGGAGGCAUGAAAGCAGAGUUUGUUGGUGGAAAGGGAGUCAUAGAGAAUGAAUUCGUGAUGGUCAUGUUCAUGUCUGAGGAUGGCAAGAAAGUGGUGAAGAUGUUGGACUUCAGAGGGAAGUGAAGGGAAUGGUGGCGUGUUGGAUCACGGUUCAAGUGGGGAGAAGUACCGGCGGGGUGUCAGCAGUCAAUCUCAAGUAAUGCUAUUUCUGGACGCCCAGAAAUCUUGAUAUCUCUAUGAAGCUUCGAUCUUCCUCUUUCGUGAUAUUAACCAUCGAAAAUUUU